UAGCCCACUCUCUAGAUCUUUGUAUUUCAAAACAAAGGACUAUUGCGGUAAAGGGCUUCGGCAAUGAGACGAGAGAAUAGCUGUAAAUAAGAAGAAGUCCUUGCUGAUGAGUCUACUAUAGCAGUGUAUCAAUCAUGGCAUCUUCUUCAAGUCCCAAUGAAGCAUGCAAGUGCUCUAUUUGCCUGGAAUUGUUCCUGAAACCAACAAAGAUACCCUGCAAUCAUGUGUUCUGUGAAGAGUGUCUUGCUCCCUUCAUCACCGUGGUUUCACCGAGCUGCCCUCUAUGUCGAGUGACCUUUAAACCCAAGGAGAGAAGUAGAGCAAAAGAUGUGGAGAAACAGAUGACAUCCAUCAAAGACACUUGUAUAGGUUGCAAAAAGAAGAUGACAUUGUCCAAGCUGAGACAGCAUACCAUGUCCUGUAGACUCGUGGAUGAUGGUAGCCAAUCUAAAGCAGCCUUUAAGCCUGUAGGCAAUACUUCUCAGAGUCCUUCAAGCAACCUUCCAAACCGAUCCACCUUCCAGUGCCCAGUCUGUGGAGCCAAGAACCUCGACUGUGACAGCCUGAGAAGACAUUGCAACAAGGAACACAAGUCCAACGACACGCCCGUUGUAUGCCCCAUAUGUGCCUCUAUGCCCUGGGGAGACCCCACCUAUGAGAGCAGUAACUUUCUACAUCAUAUGAACCUGAGGCAUCAAUUUGAGUACGAUACUUAUGUGGAUUAUAAUAAAGAAGAAGAUGAUGUUCUAAAGCAAGUGCUUGCAACAUCGAUGGAGGACAAAUGAAGGAGAGAGAGAGCCAGAGAGAGAGAGAUGCACUCAUUUGCAGGUCAGAUGAGAAGAAGGACAGGAUGUCUUUGAGCAGGGUCUUGUUUCAUUGUUCAAAGCAUCAUGGAGUCCAUGCGCUGGACUUUACACCUCUGACGUACAGGAGUGACGUGAUUGGAUGAUUCACCAGGCAUGUUGUGGCUACCGUUUAAGAGUGAUCAGUUAUUUAAUCCAUUGACAAGGAAGUGGAAUUCCUCAAAUUGAGCCGGUAAAAAGUGCGUAAUGGUACAUCAAAUCUGAUCUCCUUGGCAAUGUAGAAGGCUUGUAAGUAAGCCCUCUACGGUUUAAUUUGAAAAUGGGUUUUUAAGGAUCAUGGAUAUUUGUGGAAAAGUGGUUUGGCAGUCAUCUCGUUAAUAACUGAGCUUUUUAGGUGCUCCAAAAUGAAAAGAGCACUGCACAGGAUAUGAGAGUUUAAAAGCUAAUGUUUGUUGAUCUUUGACACACUGCUAUCGAAUUAAAAAGUAUUUAUUUGUUGAGAAACUGAAUCAUGAACGCCUCCCUAAAAUGGAUAUAUUCCUGUAUAUUGAUUAAUUGUUGUUAAUUUGUAUAAGGUGACAUUAUUAGGAAUGUGUGUUAUGAUACUUGAACAUCAUUUGUGAGCUAACAAGAGACAGUGGUAUGUAACUUCCCCCAGCUCGGCACAUGCUCCU